AGAAAAUCCUCACAAUGGCUGAAUUGGAUUGGUGCCUUGCAGUGACUGAAAACACACUGCAGAGUUUGGUGCAACUGGGCGAGCCAAGGCUGAUUAAUUUGAUUUUUCCAAGAUGAAAUUCAGGGUUUCCCUGAGAAGAUCUGAAGUGAGAAUGCUGAAGAGAGUCACUGCACAUUUUGUGAGACGUGGGAUUUCAACAUUUCAAAACAGAUUGAGUAAAAAUGACGGACUCUUCAGAGUUCAUCCAUCAGUGUCACAGGCACUGGCAGAAAACAGACCAGUGGUCGCACUAGAGAGCACUAUCAUCACACAUGGCAUGCCCUACCCUCACAACCUGAGCACAGCAAAGGAGGUAGAGGCCAUAGUUCGUGCUGAGGGAGCCACUCCAGCCACAGUAGGACUGAUUCAGGGAAAGGUGCAUGUGGGCCUGUCAUCAGAGGAGCUGGAGCACCUAGCCUGCAGCAAGACAUCUCUCAAAGUGUCCCGCCGUGAUCUGCCCUAUGCCAUCAGUAAAGGUAUAUCUGGGGGAACCACAGUGUCAGGUACCAUGAUAGCCGCACACAGAGCUGGCAUCCCUGUCUUUGUCACAGGGGGCAUUGGAGGAGUACACAGAGAUGGGGAGAACAGUCUGGAUAUCAGUGCAGAUUUGACAGAGCUGGGCAGGACUCCUAUUGCUGUUGUCUCUGCUGGAGUCAAAUCUAUUCUGGACAUUGGACGCACCCUGGAGUUCCUUGAGACGCAGGGUGUCUGUGUAGCUACCUAUGGAAUGUCAAAGAAUUUCCCAGCAUUCUUCUCUCCACAAAGUGGAUUCACCUCCCCGUACCAUGUCUGCAACCCUGAGGAGGCUGCAGAGCUGAUUGCGGGCGUUCUGUCGCUGGGUCUCCAGAGUGGCGUCCUGUUAGCUGUGCCCAUCCCAGAGGAACAUGCCACAGCAGGCCAGCACAUAGAGGAGGCAAUACAGACUGCUGUGGCAGAGGCCAGUGCAAAAGGUAUCAAAGGAAGAGAUGUGACACCAUUCAUUCUUCAAAAAGUCAAUGAGUUGACUAAAGGAAAGUCCCUGCAAGCUAACACAGCACUCAUUCAUAAUAACGCUAUGGUAGGCAGUCAGAUUGCCUGUGCCCUGUCAAAACAAAUGAAUAAGAGAAAUAUGAGAGGCACCAUUCAUCAUCUUGGAAAUCAUCCCUCAGAAUCACAGUCAAGUACUGUUGUCAUAGGGGGAGUUAAUGUGGAUUUUAUUGCUAAAGGAAAAACAGAGAAGCUUGUAUUCGGACAGACAAAUCCAGGAAGUGUCUGUCAGUCAUUUGGUGGCGUAGGACGAAACAUUGCUGACUCUCUGAGUCGAUUAGGCCACAGACCCCUGUUCAUCUCUGCCAUUGGAACAGACUCUCACAGUGAUGCAGUGUUGAACCACUGUAAACACAUAAACACAAGUGGUGUAGCCAGGCUUGAGGAGCAAAGGACAGCAACUUACUGUGCUGUUAUCACUGAAAGUGGGGAACUGAGUCUUGGAUUGGGUGAUAUGGACAUUCAUGAGCAAAUCACAGAGCAGUAUGUGUCCCAGUUUGAGAAACAGCUUUCAUCAGCCUGUCUUGUGUGCCUUGAUGGAAACAUCCCUGUAUCUACCAUUGACUAUGUUUGUUCCAUUGCCAAAAAGUAUGCAAUCAAUGUUUGGUACGAGCCAACUGAUUCUGAUAAGGCUUCUAAGCCUUUCUUGUCUGAGGCAUGGAAGUCCCUGUCCUACUUAUCCCCAAACUUGGCAGAGUUGUGCACCAUGAACAAAAACCUGGGCAUCCCAACACCUGAAGUACUGCCAAGCUCUCUGAAGGACGUGCUGAGCUGUGCCAUGGCUCUCUCACGCCCCCUGCUGGAAUAUGUUCACUGUCUGGUGGUGACCCUUGGGGCUAAGGGAGUGUUAGUGUGUGGGGAGUAUGACGCUGGCUCGGUCAACCUGAAGCCAAGACAACAAAAGAGGAGGGGUCAGCUAUGUGCUCUCUACUACCCGGCUCUGACUGUGACAACAGAGGAGACCAUGAAUGUCUCAGGAGCAGGAGAUAGUCUGGCAGGUGGAAUGAUGGCUGGGAUUCUCCAGGGUCUGGAUACUGACAGUUGUGUUCACAUGGGGCUCCUGGCAGCACGGUUGUCCCUGGCAUCACCGCACCCCAUUUCCCCAUUUCUUACCUUGGACUCUGUAGACCCCAAUAAGGUCCAGACUCAAUCCUGGACUAAGCCUAGCUUCAUGUGGAUGGAAUAAAAAUGCUGUCGACUGAACUUUUUUCAAGAGCUAUGUGGAAAUCUAGGUUAUUACACAUCAGUCAUUUGAUUAUAUUUUCAAUCUUUUCAGUAUUUGUAAUGUUUCUUGUGAAACUGUUGUGUAACACAGCAAAUGAGUCAAUGAAUGUAAGAUGAUAACACCUUUUCAGAACGUAACACAUUGGCAAGACAAUAAAAUGUUAAAUACCA